CAGCCUGAUCUGCCAACCCGUCAUUAGCCGACCCUGUCGAACUGAGCCUACCCGCACAGUUCCACACUUGCAUCGCAUCCCUUCCGCUUCUAGCAGUACGUCAACAGUGUGCCCUGGACACGUCUAGAAGCUCAAGAUACGUCUAAACGACAUCAUGGCGACUAUGGCAGCUGCUGUUCGCGAUAUCCACCAGGCCUCCGACAUGGGUCGAGACAACUUAACUGUUGUAGCGGCUCGGAGUGUUCCUGCGACGACUGUGACACGAUCUCAAGCCCUCCCCACCCCUCCCAACUCCAUCUCUCCCGCCCUGCCGCCUCACGGCCUCAAGGCCCAGCUCCAGAAGGCCAGGCUCGAGCCCAUCGACUCUGACCUGGACUUGCACGACGACCCUAGUGGUCUCGGGCGCGAAGCCUCGCGGUCGCCUUCCUACGAUGCGACUGGUUCCAUCAGCACCACUUUGCUGGCCAAGCAUCACCUUCCCGAGAUCCUCCUCAACCACGGCCCUCUGGCCAUCCGCCACAUCAUGGGCUAUCUGACGACGUCGGUGCCGGGCUUUGCUGGGAUCCCUCCGACGAAGGCGCGCCGCUUGGUGGUCGGAGCUUUGGAGGGUCGCGGAGCUGAGGGUGGCGGCGUCGAUGGCGAUGUGGAGUUCGAGAAGGUAGGCUGGGGACGGUGGGAUGCCCGACGACGUGGUCAGCCUCCACGGGGGUCUUCGCCCCCGACUGACUACCGAUCCGGCAUCCCCAUUAACAAGAGUGGCGGACGCGGUAUGGACAGGUCUCGCCUGAACCUCGCCUCUUCAAGCGCCGGCGACUCGAUCGUCUUCUCCCACGACGAUCGCGACGCCAUGAUGAUGGAAAACGAAGCGGACAAGAUGUCCCUGGAUGGCUCUGCCUCCGCCUCGUGCUCCGAGGCUCCGGACGAUGACGAUAUCGACAUGAACGAUGACCCAGAGGAUGCCACUGACGACGAGGACUGGGCUGCUGUAGGAGCUGCGGCUCUCCGUGCCGAGUCCUACAACACCGCCGGAGCCACUGCUCAAUCUGCCGGGCGCAGCUUUCUCGGCAUGCGCACCGUCUCCACGGGCAUGGCUCGCUCCCACCAACCUUUGCCUUUCGACUUCUCAGCGCUUGGGGCCCCGUCUGACGCACAGGAGCGUGAUGCGGUGGAGGCCCUCCUGCGGCUGGGUUCUGUAUAAUACCACUUUUGCAUAGCACGGCGUUGGGGAUGAAGAUUGCGCUGUGCGAUCGGUCUGUUUGACUGAUGAGGAAGCAUCUCUCUAUUUUUUUUGGUUUCCUUGGGCUCGAAUU